CAACUCCUCUCUUUUAGAAACCAAGCUCGCUGGUCAAAGAGAGAUAAACUCACAUACCGUUCAGUGGCCCGGUCUCGUCCCCGCGCUCUCAUGCUAAUGAAGACCGACUCGCUAUUGCGGUAAUGCGCUAGGGAUGUUGGCGCUUUCAAAUGUCCAAGCUCCGUUCAGCAUGGGUGAUAACCUGGGCCAUGCUUUUGUCGCUAUGGCUUGCCAUGGCCCAGGGCAUGAGGACAGAUCGAGUCAAACAACUUAGGAAGGAAACCGAACACAUGUUCUAUCACGGCUUUGAUAACUACAUCCAACACGCUUUCCCCGAAGAUGAGCUUCGCCCCUUGACCUGCCGUCCAUUGAUCCGCGAUCGAGACAAUCCCGCGCACGCCGAGCUCAAUGACGUCCUUGGAAACUAUUCCCUGACCCUUAUCGACAGUCUAUCAUCUUUGGCCAUCCUUGCGUCGAGUCCAGAGGGUGGUCAAAGAGCUUUGGGUUACUUUCAGAGGGGAGUGGAGGAUUUUGUCACGCUUUACGGAGAUGGGUCUGAUAGCCCUGCUGGCCAGGGCGAACGGAGCCGAGGAUUUGACAUGGAUAGCAAAGUUCAAGUGUUUGAGACGGUCAUUCGAGGGCUGGGCGGACUACUCAGUGCUCAUCUCUUUGCUGUGGGUGACCUUCCCAUUGUUGGGUAUACCCCUUCGGAUAAAGAAGCUACCUUCGCGAAGGCCUGGGAUAAGUCAUCUUUCGGGGACGGCAAAAACGGUAUCUAUUGGAAGACAGGGUUCAUAUAUGAUGGCCAACUCUUGCGACUCGCGGCCGACCUGGGGAAUCGUCUUCUGCCCGCUUUCUAUACGGACACCGGUCUUCCUUACCCGCGAGUCAACCUACGAUACGGAGUUCAAAGACAACCAUUUUAUGCGAAUUCGCCACUUAAUACGGCUCGUUCGUGCAAUGGUUCGAACUCUGAAGGCUGCCAGAAAAGUCGCUGGUCAUCAUUCCCAGAAACUACGGAAACUUGCAGCGCUGGCGCUGGCAGUCUCGUCCUAGAAUUUACGGUUCUAAGCCGGCUUACAGGCGAUGGCCGGUACGAGGAGCUUGCUAAGAGGGCUUUCUGGGCCGUCUGGGCGCGACGAAGUGAAAUUGGCUUGAUUGGCUCUGGUAUUGAUGCUGAAUCGGGCCGAUGGGUACACUCGUACACUGGGAUCGGUGCCGGAAUUGAUAGCUUCUUUGAAUAUGCAUUCAAGUCAUACGUCCUGCUCUCCUCAGGAGAGCGACCUCCCCAUAACACAAGCAGUCCGUGGUAUCUGUUGGAUGAUUACUUUCUACCCUUGAGCGAGCACGAACACUCUUCGGAAGCUUUCUUGGAAGUGUGGCAAGAGUCACAUGCGUCCAUCAAAAGACAUUUGUACCGAGGAGAUGGCCAUCAACAUCCCCAUCUUAUUCAAGGCGACAUCUUCACGGGCGCGACUCGUGCUUUCUGGAUAGAUAGCCUCAGCGCUUUCUACCCGGGGUUGCUGACGCUGGCUGGUGAGUUGGAUGAGGCGAUUGGAAUUCAUCUUCUAGCCACUGCCAUCUGGACCCGUUUCUCUGGCUUGCCUGAAAGAUGGAAUGUUGCCACAGGCAACAUAGAGCAAAACUUGGCGUGGUACGGUGGCCGUCCAGAGUUCGUGGAAUCUACCUACUACCUGUACCGGGCAACCAAGGAUCCAUGGUACUUGCAUGUAGGUGAAAUGGUUUUGCGUGAUCUCAAGCGCCGAUGCUGGACCAAGUGUGGCUGGGCCGGCAUUCAGGAUGUUCGUAACGGCGAGCUCAAUGAUCGGAUGGAGAGCUUUUUCUUGGGGGAAACCGCAAAAUACAUGUUCCUACUCUAUGAUCUUGAACACCCGCUGAACAAGAUGGACCAGCCGUUUGUGUUCUCUACAGAGGGCCAUCCUCUGAUAAUACCCAAGCGCAGUACUGCACCCCACGCACGCGGGGAAUCACUGGUGAGCGUGAAGAGCAGGGAACCUGUUUGCCAAAUGGCACCUCUUCCCCCAACAUUGGUGGGCUCAUCCACUGCUGCACGUCCUGACGUUUUUCAUGCCGCGAGUCUGGCUCGCCUGCAUCUCAUGCCCACUCGAGAUGUUCCCGAAGGACCACUCCUUGAAUAUGCUGAGGACCACCCGAGCAUAUCAGUAUCUGACCUAUCAUCGCCCACUAACUAUACAUUCUAUCCUUGGACCUUACCACCAGAGUUGAUACCUUUCAAUGGAACUAGCGCUCCCUUGAUAUCUCGCCCAACUCUUGACAUCUCCUUCCCAGCACUUCCUGGAAUGGUUGUGGGCCCCGGGUCGCUCGAACGCGUUCGGGAUGGCAUCUUUGUGAAAGCCAUCGGAGGGCUGCGGUUGAGCAUGGUCCGGGAUGUCCUAGCAACUGACAAAGCAAAGAGCUCGGACAUGGACGAGUUCAGGGUGCAGGUAAUCAAUAACGUGCCACUGGGAAAGGAUGAGAAGGUAUAUCUUUUGCGGGAAAUCACAUUCGACGUGCUUGAUCCCACUGAUCCGAAUUUUUCGCGCGUUCGCGACUCUGGGAUGAUUGACAUUGUCAUUGAUGUUCUGCCAGAGCUUCCCCGUCAGCGAAAUGUUUCAGAUGAUGGUUCUGAAGCCACGGCACCCCAAGGGGCACGGGGCCCAAUCAUCCACGACUCGACUUCGGUGAACGGCAACAUUGAAAGUGGCGAUCCAUCCAUUUCAAGCAUGAAGACAGUACUGUCCUCUUUAGUUAACUCCUUAUCUACCCUGCUCCGGGACGAAGCGCGAGCUGAGACCGGUCUGCCGCCGCAAAAAUCGUCAGUCUUGCGCUUGAUGAUUCCGGCAGCUAUCUCAACCGGUCUCGGGUCGGCCCCGUUGCCGGAUGUGGAGGAUGCCUCUACAACGUCCGCAACAGGCGACCUGUCAAAACGGCGCCUCAGCUGGUCCAGCGUCUACUUCGCAGACGAGCUCUGCGAUCAUCGUCUUUCGCGGGAAAUUGUCCAGAAUCACCAAGUGCUUGUACUCAAGCGCGGCGGAUGUAGUUUCUCCGAAAAAAUACGCAACAUCCCCGCAUAUCCGCCGUCGCGUCAGGCUUUGAAACUUGUGAUCGUGGUUUCUUACCAUAAGGAAAAGGUUGAUUUGUCGGAAAUGGCGGACUCCGAGCCGGCCUCGCCUGGAUUGGCUGCUGUGCACUCAGCACGGCACCUUGUUCGGCCACAUCUAGACGAAAGCCAAUUCACUGCAGGUGGCCUUCCGCGACGCCAUCCUCUAAGUAUGGUAAUGGUGGGUGGCGGCGAGGAGACCUACGCACUGCUUCGACAGGCGACUGGAGUUGGGAUCAAGCGACGCUAUUCGGUGCGAUCCCAGGGAGUUCCCAUCAACAAUUUGUACAUUGUGUAGUACGAGAUACAGGUUGGGGAUAACACCCAUGGAAGAGAUAGAUCUCUGCUGUCUGUGUACAUAUCUGCAU